AUGCUUUUAUCCGACUUUAACGACGAUUGGUAUGUCGUGCGCGAAAGGCCAACACCGGACAACGGUGGGAAGCCCGCGGGACCGUUUCGCCUGCCUCGCGACGAGAUGAUCGGCGAGACGAGGAGCCCGAAGGUGCCCGCCGCUCACAAUAACGGAUACUAUCCAGGAGGGACCUAUCGGUACACCAAGACCUUCGACGCUCUCAGCUCUUGGAAGGGACGACAGGUCAUCGUUCAAUUCGAGAGCAUCUAUCACCGUAGCAAGGUCUUUUUGAACGGUGCGCUCAUCGGAGGCAGGCCAUCGGGCUACAUUACCGUUCACGUCGACCUUGCUCCUUAUCUUAAAUACGACCAGGAGAAUAUCAUGGAGGUAGUCGCCGACAACUUCGCUCAGCCCAAUUCUCGCUGGUACACCGGUAGCGGAAUUUAUCGACCCGUUCACCUGCUCAUCGGCGGGUCCAUUUCGAUCAAACCGUUCGGUCUUCAAAUACACACCAAAUCCCUGAACGGGUCGAACGCUCUGAUCGGUAUGACAAUCAAGACUAAAUCGUUGUCCGCCGAACCGGUCGAUGCGAUCGUGGAGGUCGAGUUCCACCUCGUCCAAGGGGAUGUCGCCGGCCCUUUGGCCAGCUCGACUACGUUUCGAGCCAGACUUGGCAGUGAAGCGAAGAUCGAUCAGAACUUUGAGAUCGACAACGUCGCUCCCUGGUCUUGCAAUUCGCCCUCGCUCUACCAAGUCACAGUCCGGCUCAAGACCCUUCAGGGAGAGCUUCUGGAUACGGCCGUCGACAGGAUCGGUAUCCGCACUGUCGAGUUGACGCCGGAACGCGGGCUCUGCAUCAAUGGCGAAAGGGUUUUGCUCAGAGGCGCCUGCGUACAUCACGACAACGGGAUACUUGGAGCUGUGACAUUACCCGAGGCAGAGGAUCGUCGGGUACAAAUCCUCCAGGAGGCAGGUUUCAAUGCUAUCCGAAGCGCUCACAACUCUGUCAGCAUCGCUACGCUCAACGCGUGCGACAAAUACGGGAUGCUGAUGAUGGACGAGCACACUGAUGUCUGGUUCGUGAGCAAGGGUGCUUACGAUUACCACCUCGAGUUUGAAGAAUGGUGGGAGCGAGACCUGGAAGCCAUGGUAGACAAGGAUUAUAAUCACCCGUCCGUCAUCAUGUACUCGAUCGGUAACGAGAUCAUGGACUCGGCUACCCCUUGGGGAAUCAAGCAUGCCAAGAUCAUGGCGGAUGCGUGCAAAGCUCUCGACCCUUAUCGGUACACUACGAUGGGCAUCAAUGGGAUCCUGAACAUGAUGUUCCCCGCCGAUAAGAAGAAGCCGAUCAACGAUAUCUCAAUCUUGGACAAUGUCAGCGACAAGAUUCCAGGAGCGAUGAUGAUCAAGUUUCUCAACUUGGUUGUGGGCGCGCUGACGGGGCUGAUGGCGCAUCUUUCAACAUUCAAUGCCGUCGACCGCAAGACCAAAGACGUCUUCGAGACGCUCGACGUCGCGGGCUACAACUACCUGGUCGAGCGAUAUGAGAUGGAUAUGAAAAGGUAUCCCAAGCGGAUGAUCGUCGGAAGCGAGACCGGCGCUAUGGCGGGUGUGACGACCUGGCCCUUGGUCGAGAAAAGUCCCCAACUCCUCGGUGAUUUUGUAUGGACGGGCUGGGAUUACUUGGGAGAAGCCAGUAUCGCUGGGGCGCGGUACGAUCGGUUGCCAUCCAUGGGCCAUCCUUUCCCGGCUCAUACGGCCGGAGAACCCUUCGUCGACAUCACCGGCUAUAUACAGCCUCAGUGUGAGCACAGCAAGACGGCAUGGCACUUACGCAAGGGAAGGCCUUAUUUGGCAGUUCGACCGCUCCCGCUCCCGGACCGUCCUCUUGCUGCUAAUAUCUGGCGACCGACCGAUGCCGUUCGUAGCUGGAGUUGGGACCAUUGCGAGGGGAAGCGCAGCGAGGUCGUCGUCUACUCGGACUCCCACAAGGUCAGCUUGGUUCUGAACGGUAAAGUCAUCGGGACGCAGCCGGCAGGACAGGCGCAUCAACACAUAUGUCGAUUCAAGACUCGAUAUGCUCCCGGAGUUCUUGAAGCCAUCGCCUAUGACGACCAGGGCAGGGAGACGGGAAGGGAUCGGAUGCAGAGUGCGGACACCUCUAGCCUUGCUGUUCGACUAAGCCCGGAAAAGCUCGAGCUGAAGGCCGACGGGGAUGACCUACUCUACAUCCGGGUAGCCUUGGUCGAUACCGCCGGCGAGGUUCGGCCCAUGCAGAAAGCGAACAUCAGCGUGAGCGUAUCGGGACCCGCCACUUUGUUGGGAUUCGGUAACGCAGACCCUUUUAACCCUCGUGGCUACCACGAGGGAACACGAUACUUAUCAGGGUAG